UUUAGGUUGUAACACCCUCCCCAACCUUAUUCUUUAAAGCUCAGAAAUAGGGAGAAAAAAACCAAACAAACUUUGCUUUCCCUGCUCUGAGACCAUUCCACAAAUUGAAGGGCAGCCAGCAGCAUAUGUUUUUUGUAAGAAUAAUUGAAAACAUCAACUAGACAGCACAGAACUCUUUUGAAAGUUGGCCAGUGAUUUGAAGCAAAUUCAGCAAAGGAACAAAAUCCAGCAUUCAAUAUCUUAACCUUUACAGUUGCCUUCUUAGGAGUUGGUCUCUAAUUUGAUUUUAGUUAUUCUGAUACAACCUUGAUUCCAUAAGUGGCUUUUUGUUUGACUAGAUCAGAUUUGACUUAAAGAAAAACCUAAGUGCUAACAAACAGACAUUGCACCAAAGCAGCCAACUGUCUUCACAUUUAGCUCGAGUUUAUUUUUACUCCUCUAACCUAUCAUAGUGUCCGAAAGAGGGUGCACUUGAUAUAAUUUGCUUUCAAUAUGACAGCUGUCAAUGUUGCCCUGAUUCGCGAUACCAAGUGGCUGACUUUAGAAGUCUGUAGAGAAUUUCAGAGAGGAACUUGCUCUCGAGCUGACGCCGAGUGCAGGUUCGCUCAUCCGCCCAGAGUGUGCCAUGUGGAAAAUGGCCGUGUGGUGGCCUGUUUUGAUUCUCUAAAGGGUCGGUGCGCUCGGGAGAACUGCAAGUACCUUCACCCUCCUCCACACUUAAAGACGCAGCUGGAGAUUAAUGGAAGGAACAAUCUGAUCCAACAGAAGACAGCCGCCGCCAUGUUUGCUCAGCAGAUGCAGCUUAUGCUCCAAAACGCUCAAAUGUCAUCCCUUACUUCUUUUCCUAUGAAUCCAUCACUUGCAGCUAAUCCUGCCAUGGCUUUCAGUCCUUACAUACCUCAUCCUGGAAUGGGCCUGUUUCCUGCCGAACUUUUACCAAAUACACCUGUUCUGAUAUCUGGAAAUCCACCUCUCCCAUUGCCAGGAGUUACUGGCCCCAAACCAAUGCGUUCGGAUAAACUGGAGGUUUGCCGUGAAUUUCAGCGUGGAAAUUGUACCCGUGGGGAGAAUGAUUGCCGCUACGCUCACCCUACAGAUGUUUCCAUGAUUGAAGUGAGUGAUAAUACCGUGACGGUCUGCAUGGAUUACAUUAAAGGUCGGUGCUCCCGGGAGAAAUGCAAAUACUUUCAUCCUCCUGCGCACUUGCAAGCCAAACUCAAGGCAGCUCACCACCAGAUGAACCAUUCAGCCGCCACCGCGAUGGCCCUACAGCCUGGUGCACUUCAACUGAUACCAAAGAGAUCGGCCCAUGAAAAGACCAAUGGUGUCCCUCCGGUCUUUAAUCCCAGUGUUUUCCACUGCCAACAGGCUCUGGCUAACAUGCAGUUCCCUCAGCCGGCAUUUAUUCCGACAGGGCCAAUACUGUGCAUGGCACCCGCUUCAAGUUUUGUGCCCAUGAUGCACGGUGCUACGCCUACCACUGUGUCUGCAGCAACAACACCUGCCACCAGCAUCCCCUUCGCUGCAACAACUACAGGCAAUCAGAUACCCCAAUUAUCAAUAGAUGAACUGAAUAGCAGCAUGUUUGUUUCACAGAUGUAGAAGUUACCAGUAGAACAUUGAAAUUCUGAACAGCAGAGUUAUGGAGUAUCGGAAUUUUUCCAUGAGAACCUCCAUAUGGCCUUUCUCUAUAUUCUCGUAUGUCCUCUUCUACCAACACAAUUAGCAUGGUGCAGUCAGUAUACUAAACAAAGCAAAUAUACCAGCCAGCAAAUCUGAAUGAAAAUAAAGCAUUAAAAAUCAAUGGAGAUGUUAAAACACAAAUACAAAACUAAUAACUAUGACUUAUCCAUCAUAAAAAUUAUCAGAUAGAACACAGUCAUAAAAGUUUGUGAUUUAUGUGAAUUAUUAGAUCCAUCUUAUAUGAAUUAUCAGAUAGAACACAGGAUAAAAUUUUCUGGUUUUCCAAUAACCAUUCCACUAAAUGAAUUUCCACAGUGUACUGUGAGCUUGCUAUACAUUCUCGGUGGAUAAAUGCUUAUGUGUUCUUGAAAUGUUACCUUACUCUGUUGUUUACAGAAUAGUCUACUGGAUCAAUUUCAAACGUAACAAAUAUAUUCAGUACCAUUUUCUCCACUGUUGUAUUGUAUUAGCUUAGGUUGUGUUUAGUUUUUACAUACUAUAGUGUUUUGCUGUAUAUUGUGGUGUUUGAGUUCAAUUAAAAUGUUAAUAGUGGAGAACAGAAGUACAUGUGCUUGAAAAACAUGGCAGGUUCAUGUUAAGAUGCUCUCUUUAGAAUAUUUCUGGAGGUUUCUUGGAGCAUACAUUUCAAAGGCCUCAUUUUUUGAGUGUGCACAAAACCUAGUCAUAAACAUGCAUGUGUAUAAUCUUGCUUUCAGAUCUGAUCUUGCCUAGUUCAAUAAAGUUACUAAAUUUUUGGCAAGGGAAAAACAAUUGCCUACACAAAAUAGGGAACUUCUUAAAACAUUAACCUCUAAUCACUCCUCUUAAAUAACUUGAAAAAUGAGUAUUCACCUUUAAUGAGUUUCUCAGCAUUUAUACUAAAAAAUUACGUAAAGUACCCAUGACAUGUUUUUGUGUCCCGAGAAUCCUAUCUUAUAGGUUGAGUGUCUAAAAUUGAGCCAUUUGUCAUCUUUAGCUGAGAAACUGGUACUUUGUGACUUAAAGGUAUGCUAAUUACAGGUUAUAAAUCAAACAGAGAGAUGUGGACAUGAAGACAGUUUUUAUAUAGUAGCAGAAAGUGUG